AAAUGACUUUAUAUUUCAUUCUAUUAUUCUUGGAUUACCCAUUUCUAAUGUUUACCAACGGAAAUUGCAAAUAUUAGAAUAAUUAAGAAUUAAGGGUAAAAUCAAUUCUUCGAAGUUAUUACAAAGAUGUAGCAUCUGAAUCCAAUGGAGCAAUAAUUUCAAGUGCGAAAUUUAAUAAAUUUUAUGGAAUCUCCUAAAAUAUGAGCCCAUUGAGAGAUUCCAUUUAUUCUGUUGAUCAUGAUAAUGGGCAUAUUGUUACAAAUUCCUCUAUUGUGGUUUCAUUUGCAUCAACACAAGAGAUUAAUUAAAUAAUUGUCUGGUUCUAUGAUCUAGAUGGUAGAAAAUUUAAUCCUAAAAUAACUGUCUAAAAUAAAGACAACAUUGAAAAAGUGGUUUUUGAAGAUUUAUUAGUGUAAAGUAUAGUCAAAAUUAAAUUUCCAGAUCAAAUGGUAUCAAGCAUAAAAUUAAGUUAUAUGGAAGGUGGUACAUUAAAUGAUUUAGUUAUAAUAAAAAUUUAAGCAUUUUAUGCAAGAAGAAAUUGGACAUGA